UGCAUGUAGUAGGCCUACUUCAGUUUUUUUGAAUUGAAAAGAUAAUCGUGUUGACAAGAAUGCUUUGUUGAAAUUGUUAGGAUGGUUUGGCUUCUCGAUGAUUAUUGGGACAAAUAACACCGGUCGUACGCUAUGUCGGUGGAGCAGCUGGAGCUUGCACCUCUGAAGCUUUGGUCUCACGAGAUCAGCCUUGGAUGGAUGCGCUAUGAUGAGCGGUACACACCGUAUGUAAGGGAGGCAGGACUUCUCCCUUUCAUUCAGUUGGUCCGCCGGUCGACGCCACCCAACAAUGCUGCAGCACUCACCGCGCUUAUUGAUCAUUGGAGGCCGAAGACACACACUUUCCAUCUUCGGACCGGGGAGAUGACCGUGACGCUGCAGGAUAUUGCUAUGAUCACCGGUCUUUCUAUUAAUGGCAAUCCUUUAUGUAUGAACACCGAUUUUGAUGGGUGGCGCGCGCAGAUGCAUGCCCAUAUCGGUAUGGUUCCUUCGGAGCCUCGGGAACCAGAAGCAGAAAAUAAGAAGGAAAGAGUCGCAGCGGGCGCUACUUUCACGUGGAUAUCAUCGAACUUCAGUCAUUGCCCUGAGGAUGCUAAUAAGGACAUGGUGAAGACAUAUGCUCGUGUCUACAUGUGGUACGUGAUAUCCAGGACAAUGUUUGCUGAUGGCACAGGCAAGAAUGCUCCAUGGAUGUGGCUGAAGGCGUUGACCGUCUUCGAUAGCAAAUGGAGUUGGGGUUCGGCGACACUGGCUUACUUGUAUCGACAGUUGGACGAAGCCUGUUGUAGGCACACUGGAGGUAUUGGUGGUUGUCUGCUCGCACUUUCCAUAUGGAGCUGGGAGCGUUUGCCGGUUGGACGACCGAAGACCGUGAAGUACGAGGAUUGGGACGAUAAAGACGACCCACUACGGCUCCCCACUUGGGCUUACAAGUGGGAUGUGUUAAAUGAGACGACGGAUGAUCCCUCGGUAAUGUAGAAGUUGUACAAGAGCGAGCUGGACGCGAUCACGCCUGAGCAGGUGGAAUGGGAGCCGUAUGGAAAAGGAGAGAGUUUUGGUAACCCUAUGGAGUUCAGGCUGAAUCCGAUGUGCACUAGGGAUAGGGAUCUCUGGCAUAUGCGGUGCCCACUGAUAUGCAACUGGGCGGUUGAGCUUCACCUGCCACAUCGGGUGUUUCGCCAGUUUGGUUUGUUCCAGCCACACCCGCCGGAGUGGGAGGACACGGACAAGUUGCUACACGCGUUGGAUAGGAAAAAGCUGCGGAAGAUCAAGGAUUGGGCCAAGCAUCACAUCAAGUAUGUCGUGCAGUUCGCUCUUAGUGUGGAGCAAGCAAGGGCUGGAAAACGAGCCCAGCUUCGUGAGCACUGCCCGAUCGCGUUCAACAACUAUCUCACAUGGUUUCCUGCAAGUACCCACGUGGAGGUAUGCCAGCCGGCGUAUGCUGAGGAGAUUCUGGAAGAACCCACCGUUUUUGAUGAGGUAGCCCAGCACCAGUACAACGCAUUAGUCAGGAAAGGCAACUCAGUGAUCCCUUCAGCUCCAAUGAUGAACUUUGUGCAUGCCCAGAUCAAGAAAGCAGCUGAUGAGACCGAGACUAUUCUGGAAACAACCCCGGCUGGCAAAAGCGAUGGGGAAGGUGCACUUCGAGCAUUCAUUAAGCGCCAGGGCCAAAAGUUAAGGCGGCUAUCAAACCUUUUCGGUUGUCGUGACCCCGAGUAUGUAUCACCAGAACGGUCUAGGUCAGCGACACCAUCAGAUCCCGCUUCGGGGCAGGGCCAUGGUGAACCUUUCGAGGAUGAGGACGUGGGUGUGGUCACCCAAGAGGUUGCUGAUGAUAUGACCGUGGGGAGGUACCAGGCUCGGUCUGCAUACGAGUUGAAGCCUAGGACGGGAAUCAACAAGUACACACCUGAAGACUUCACCCAAAGAGGCCAAAGAGGCAAAAGGACGGUCGGCACCUCGUGGAUGGCGGCUUUGGAUGACUAUUUGGAUGACGUGGACGAACCGGAGCCGGAGCGGGUUCCUCUUCCUAGGAAGGUGAAGAAGAUAAGCGUCAAGAGGGGGGAGGAGCCAGCGAGCGUGGAAAGCACUAGUCAUCGUCAUUUUUUUAUAAUGUUGAACUUAGAGUGGAAUUUGUUAUGUCGUUGAACUUGGAGUGGUCGUACCUUUUAGUAAUGUGGAAUUUGUUAUGUCGUUGAACUUGGAGUGGUGGUAGCUCUAUGUUAAACUUGAACUUAUUGUGAUGGUCCUUUGUAAGAAAUGAUGUCUGUGGUGAACCCUUUUUGAACCUUAAUGUUUAUUAUACGAAUUGUUGAA